AUGGCUAAGUGGGGGGAAGGAGACCCUCGGUGGAUUGUGGAGCAGAGAGCCGACGCUACCAACGUCAACAACUGGCAUUGGACGGAGCGUGAUGUCAGCAGCUGGUCGUCCGAGCGGCUCCGGCAGCUGCUGCUGGAGGUUCGGGUCGAGGGGUCGGAGGGCGUGUGUCAGCUGACCGACGUCUCCAAACUGGAGGGAGAAGCUUCCAUCAACAACCGCAAAGGAAAACUCUUCUUCUUCUAUGAGUGGCAGCUGAGAGCCGGCUGGCUGGGAACGUCGAGCAGAGGCGUGAAGUUCAGAGGAAACAUCGACGUGUCCAACCUGUCCGACGAGAACGACCUGGAAGAUCUCGACAUCUCGGCGUCUCUGUGUAAGGACCAGCCCGACACGCCGCUGCUGGAGCUGAUGAGGAGGCGCGGCGUGGAGGAGGUGCGGAGGGUUCUGGGAGAUUACGUAACCCAGCUCAAGUCAGAGUUCAGCCAAGGGAUGGUCCUGCCCACCAGCACUGGACCAGCACCAGCACCAGCACCAGCACCAGCACCAGUACCAGCACCAGCACCAGCACCAGCACCAGCACCAGCACCAGCACCUCCCCAGCACACAAAGAACCAGAUCAAGACCAGUAAGACCCAGAUCGGUUCCCCCAGGUUCUCCUCUGGUCCUGCAGGCGCUCAGAUCCCGACCGUCAGCUUCACUCUGAGAGAAACGUUCCAGACUUCAGCUGACGAGCUCUACAGCACCUUCAUCAACCAGGAGCUGGUCCAGGUGUUCACGCGCUCGGCGGCGGCGGUGGACGGUCGGGCGGGGGGGAAGUUCCGGCUGCUGGACGGCAGCGUGAGCGGAGAGUUCACUCAGCUGGUACCCGACCGGAAGAUCGAGAUGAGGUGGCGGUUCAGGACUUGGCCCGGCGACCACGUGGCCUUGGUCCGGCUGCAGCUGGAGGAGCAGGGAGACCAGACGGAGCUGACGAUGGACUGUGGAGGCGUUCCCUCGGCCGAGGAGGACUCCACCCGGGAGGGCUGGACCCGGUUCUACUUCCAGGCCAUCAGACAGACGUUUGGAUACUGAACCUGCUCAGAUGUUGGACUGUACCCUACCCCCCCACCCCCCU